CUCUCUGUGCGUUUUGACCAUCGCUGAAAAUAGAACAACACGAGAGAGUGGAGAGAGAAAGACAAGUGAAGAUUCUGCUUCUCAGCCUUUGAGUUGCGUGUGCCAGCAGUUCCUGUUUCAGUUCCGAGCAAGGGAACGUGUGUGUGUGUGUGUGUGUGUGUGAUAGAGAGAGAGAGAGAGAACUCAUUCAACUGCUAUGUGUGGUUCUCUCCGAUCCCUUUGACCCUCCAUUGCCAUUCAUCUUCUCUUCUUGCAGCCCUUUUGCUUUUUCUGUCAGAAUGUCACACAUGCAACUUCUCACAGAUCUCUGCUUCUGAUGGACUGGAGCUGUAAGGGUGAUCAGAAUUGGUAUAAUCAAAAUUUGUGCUUUGACUAUAGCAUUCCUGUGAAUUGAAGGCAGUGUGUUGAGGUUUUCUUCAAGUUAUAGGGUGUGUUGUAUGGACAUUGUGUAACAAGCAAUUGAGCAUAAUAUGGGUGGCAUUUGCUCGAGGUCAUGGAAAGCUACUGUAGAUGGUGUAGCUGUAGAUAAUGCCCUUAGUGAAAGCUCGAGGCAUGCUAAUGGUCAUGCCAAUAAUGAACCUGGAAUGGCUUAUCAGUCUAUUGAACUUCCGGGCAAUAUAAAUAGCAAUUCAACUCUGCCUCCUGAUGAUGACGACGACGACUUCGAUAAGCAUCAACGAGAAUCGUUUUCGUUUACUGGACUGGAAAAGGUUUCAUAUGGGCCGAGUGUGGAUGAUAUCAAUGAUGGGAUCCCUCGCUUGUCCAGGGCUUUAUCAAAUAAAUCUAGAUCCAAGCAAGCUGCUGUUAAGGUUUCAGAAGUCAGUUCACUUUUGGGCAGGGCUGGUACAGCUGGGCUUGGCAAGGCAGUAGAAGUUUUGGACACACUAGGUAGUAGUAUGACAAAUUUGAACCUCAGUAGUGGUUUUACAUCAGGUGUGACAACAAAAGGAAAUAAAAUUUCAAUUUUGGCCUUCGAAGUUGCAAACACAAUUGUAAAGGGUGCCAAUCUGAUGCAAUCUCUUUCAAAAGAGAACAUCAGACAUUUAAAAGAGGUGGUUCUACCAUCUGAAGGAGUGCAAAAUUUAAUAUCCAGAGAUAUGGAUGAACUCCUAAGAAUUGCUGCAGCAGACAAGAGAGAAGAGUUGAAAAUAUUUUCUGGUGAAGUUGUGCGUUUUGGAAAUCGUUGUAAAGAUCCUCAGUGGCACAACCUGGAUCGCUAUUUUGAGAAGUUAGGUUCAGAGCUUACACCGCAAAAGCAAUUGAAAGAGGAGGCAGAAAUGGUGAUGCAACAACUAAUGACCUUUGUUCAAUAUACAGCUGAAUUAUAUCAUGAAUUGCAUGCCUUAGACAGAUUUGAUCAAGAUUAUCGGCGGAAGCUACAAGAAGAAGACAAUUCAAAUGCCACCCAAAGAGGAGACAGCCUUGCAAUUUUGAGAGCAGAACUGAAGAGUCAAAAGAAGCAUGUAAGAAAUUUGAAGAAAAAAUCACUAUGGUCCAAGAUUUUGGAAGAGGUAAUGGAAAAACUUGUAGAUAUCGUCCAUUUUCUAUACUUGGAGAUACAUGAAGCAUUUGGUAGUGCUGAUAUUGAUAAGCAAGUGAAAGAUUCUCAAGGCAACCAUAAGUUGGGAUCGGCUGGUCUUGCUUUGCAUUAUGCAAACAUUAUCACUCAAAUUGAUACUCUAGUAUCUCGAUCAAGUUCUGUGCCUCCUAAUACAAGGGAUGCCUUGUAUCAAGGGCUACCGCCUAACGUGAAAUCAGCAUUGCGCUCAAGGUUACAGUCAUUUCAGGUUAAAGAAGAGCUUACUGUCCCACAAAUCAAAGCUGAAAUGGAGAAAACAUUGCAGUGGCUCGUUCCUAUUGCCACCAACACAACGAAAGCUCAUCAUGGCUUUGGAUGGGUUGGAGAAUGGGCAAAUACAGGGUCUGAGGUCAACCGAAAACCUGCAGGCCAGACAGACUUGUUGAGAAUUGAAACACUACACCAUGCUGAUAAAGACAAAACAGAAGCUUACAUCCUUGAACUGGUUAUCUGGCUUCAUCAUCUAGUCAGCCAAGUGAGAGUUGGUAAUGGAGGAAUAAGGUCUCCCAUCAAAUCGCCUAUUCGUUCUCCAAACCAAAAGACAGGACAUUUAUGUACACACAAAGCCUGCUCUUCUUCUCCCAUGUUAACAGUAGAAGAUCAACAAAUGCUUCGAGAUGUCGGCAAGAGGAAACUAACACCAGGCAUUAGUAAGAGCCAGGAAUUUGACACUGCCAAAACAAGGUUGAGUAAACAUCAUAGACUAAGCAAGAGUAGUAGUCAUUCUCCAAUCAGUGAAAGUAAAAAUGAUAUAUUCUCUACAAGGAGGCUACCUUCUGUUCCUGUCAUUGAUUUUGAUAUUGACCGAAUGAAGGCCUUGGAUGUCAUUGAUAGGGUGGAUACCAUUGGAAGUUCAUAGUUGUGUGGCAUGCUUUUGUUGAUCUCUAAGCCAAGUGGGGGAUAAUGCAGAAAUGUAAUGAAUUCAUUGCCUUCUUAAAGUUGGGUGCACCCCUAUGUUUUUUGUGAACCGUGAGAAAUGUUUGUAGAUUUCCUAGGCAAGAGUGAUGUGAUGUGAGCCAUAGUCUUUUUGAGAUUGUUGUAGAUGAUCAUGAGAAAGGGAC